UCUGGUUCAGCAUCUUUAUCUCCAGUGAACCAAACGUGACCCUGAACCUCAACUUGAAGCUGAGGUGCUGUUGGAUCCAGGUGACUCCUCCCACCUGUACAGGUGACUCCUCCCACCUGUACAGGGAAAUACCGUCAGCUGAACAGAAGCUUUUUUUGUGGUGACAACACAAGUGUGCUGCAUCAGGCUCCUCCCACUGGUGACAUCACAGCUGUGUGGCUAUAAAGAGCGAUGAGUGGCAGAGGGAGCUGCGCGUCAUGUGGUGUCGAGGUUUCCUGCAGCAGACGGUCAGACGUGUUUCCAGCAGGCAGGCGGGCGUCAUCUUCGAUGUGGAUGGCGUCCUGGUGCGUGGGUCCGCCGUGAUCCCAGCUGCUCGGCGAGCUUUCAGGAAGCUCCUGGACAGUAACAACAACUUCCUAUUUCCCACGGUCUUCGUCACCAAUGCAGGAAGCUGCCAGAGACGCCACAAAGCCCAGCAGCUGUCUCACCUGCUGGACGUCCAGGUAGGAGGCUGCAGAACUUCCUGUUUUGAUUCCAGCUGUGUCCUUGUGUCUGGACAGGGGCCGGUGACGCACAUCGCCAACACUUUGGGUUUUCAGAGGGUGAUGACCAUGGAGCAGCUCUCAGAACACCACCCCCUGCUGGACAUGGUGGACCACAGCAGGAAUCCCACACUUCCUUCAUCUCCACCACAGAGUCUCCCCCAGAUACAAGCGAUCAUCCUGUUUGGGGAGCCAGUCAGAUGGGAGACCAAUUUGCAGCUGCUGAUUGACGUGCUUCUGACCAAUGGCAGGCCAGAGCGUGGGUAUGACACCCAGCUCUCAGCACAGCUGCCAGUCUUAGCCUGCAACACGGACUUGCUGUGGAUGGCUGAGGCCCCAUCACCACGGUUUGGCCAUGGGAUGUUCUUACUGUGUCUGGAGUCAGUCUACAGGAAGCUGACGGGCCGGGAGCUGGAGUACAAGGCACUGCUGGGAAAACCCAGUCUGGUCACCUACCAGUAUGCUGAGCAGGUGUUACGACAGCAGAACUGCAACCGCAGGCUGAACACCAUCUAUGCCGUGGGUGACAACCUAAUGACGGACAUCUAUGGUGCUAACUUGUACAACCGUUACCUGGCUCAGCGGCAUGCUGCUGUGACAACCACCACCAGGCUGGUUGCCCGGGGAAUGGGAAGUGAGGUGAUGGCAGAGGAGGAGCCGAUGUCUGCAAUUCAGUGCCACUCUAUCCUGGUGUGCACAGGUGUCUACAAUCCCCGUUUCCCACUGCCUAGUGACCAGAAUAGCAGCAUCAUGGAGACGGUGUUUCACGGUCACAGAGACCUGGUACCGGAGCCUGACCUGAUGGAGCCGAGUCACAUGGUGGAGGACGUGGAGGCUGCUGUGGACCUGCUGCUGCAGCAGGAGGGCUCUGACCUCUGACCUUCACAACGGGAAACCUGCACCUGGUUCUCAUCAACAUACUCCUCUGCCUUUAAUCAGAGCUGGUGCUAAAUUAAUUGCCUGGAGGGACACACUCUCCUACUCUGAUUGGUUGUUUUGUUGGAAAAGGUCCUGCAGCAGCUGAUCAUCAGUGUGUUGAAUAAAGUUUAGAAAUCUUU